AUGGCCUGGAACGACCUGCCGCCCCUGGACCUGACGACGGUCAAGGCGUCCGAGGUCGUCGCCGGCGCGGAGAUCGGCCGCGGCGAGUUCGCGGCCGUCUUCGUCGGGACGCUCCGCGGCGCGACCGUCGCCGUGAAGAAGCAGGUCGCGCCGGCGGAGGACGACGUCGACGACGCGGCGCAGGUCGCGGUGGCCCUCGCGCGCGAGCUCCGCGUGCUCGCGGCCUGCGACCACGCCCACGUGCUCCGCUACGUCGGCGCGUGCGCGGACCCGGACCGCCCCGUCGGCGACGGCGGCGUCGGCCCCGGCGCGGGCGUCUGGACGGUCACGGAGUACGCGGAAAGGGGCGACCUGCUCCGGCUCCUCGAGGACGCCGCCGUCGACCUGGACUGGGGCCUCCGGCUCCGCGUCGCCAAGGAGCUCGCGAGCGCGCUCGCGUACCUCCACGGCCGCGAGCUCCUGCACCGCGACGUCAAGGCCGCGAACGUCUUCCUCGACGGCGACUACCGAGUCAAGCUCGGCGACUUCGGCAUGGCGACGGCCUGCGGCGACGGCGGCCGCGCGUCCACGCUCUGCGGCACGGAGGCCUACAUGGCGCCGGAGCUGCUCCUCGACGGC